CUUUUCCCGCAGAGAAGAGGAGCCAAGUGUGGCACUUCAAAAAUUUCAUCUUUCUCCAUUGUACGGCCCUCCACUGGCUUUUGUAGACCAAACAGCCACUCGAUGUUCCCUUCCUUCCAAAAAAAUAGCCAACCGCGGGACCAGCAACAAAAGCAAGAAAGAGAGUGGUUAGGAGUAAGUUUCAAGCCAGAAAACUUCAUUCCAGGUCUUGUCAUCGGCUUCAUUAUUGGGUUGUUGUUUGAUUUGUCAAAGCCCGGUAAAAAUUACUCAACAAACAAAACCUUAUCAUCGGGCAAGAUCCAACGGCAACUGUCAGUCGCAAGCAAUGGUGAUCAAGAGCUUAAAAUGGUUCUGGUAGUUAGACAAGACCUAAAGAUGAAAUCAGGAAAGAUAGCAUCCCAGUGUGCUCAUGCUGCCACUGGAAUGUAUGCUGAACUAAUGCACAGCCAUCGAUCCCUUUUGAGACAAUGGGAGCAGUGUGGCCAACCCAAAAUUGUUGUGACUUGCAGGAAUCAACAAGAAAUGAAUAAGCUGAAGGAAGCAGCUGAGAGUAUUGGCCUUCCUACUUUUGUUGUUGCUGAUGCUGGACGAACGCAGGUUAUGGCAGGAUCGAAGACCGUUCUUGCAGUUGGACCUGGUCCAAAAGCAUAUGUGGAUUCGGUGACUGGGAAGUUGGCCCUACUUUGACAACUUAUGAGUUAAUAAUCACUUCAGCCUUCAAAUUCAUACUGCUCUGAGACCUUUCAAGCCAUUUGCUGGUUAAGGUGGUUCGCUUCGCUGUCCCAAGGAUUCAAUUUUUCUUUCUGGUUCACUGUCUAACACAGAACAAACGCUCACCCAACUCUCUCUCUAGGAUUUGAUUAUUUGUAUGCCAAUUUCUUUGAACUCUAUUCACUUUUGUUUUUGUAGUUGUGUCAGUGGCCAAACUUAUUAACUCCACACGCUGUUGGUGGACAUUUUAUUAAUGACGCGCAGCAACAAUGUCUUCUUUGGUC